AUGAUGACUCAUCAAUCAAUGGAACUCAACAACGAUGAAAGUUCAACUGAUGAUGAAGUCAUGAAAGAAGGUUCUCCUGUCAAUGAUGACAAAAUUGAUGAUGAUGCUGUCAAGGUGGAAUUUAAUGAUCUGAAUGAAGAAGAGAAAGAGAAUCCUCAUAUGGACAGUGGUAUCAUAGCUGAGUCAAAUGACAAUGAUGAAUCACCAUGUACUGAUGAAUCAACUGAUCCUGAAUCGAUGGAAGAAGAUACAGGCCAUGCUUUGUAUGAACUCGAACACCAGAAAGACAAAGCAAUGGAAGAAAUAUCAAAAAUAUUCGAACUAUUGGACAUAGAUCCGAAUCCAUGA